CGACGGUAUGCAAUGGAGGAAAAAGAGGCCCAAUCUCGGUUCCUUUUCUAAACCAUCAUCGAGCGGGAACACACUUCGUGAAGGUCAAACAUAAGGCCCGUCGUCCCGAACAGCGCACCCAUGUCAAUGACAUGGAAGCGAAAGCCAUGGAUCUGGCUGACCUCAUUCUCAGGGAGAGGGCGCUUCAGGAGGCUCGAACGAAAACGCAGGUGGAGAGCGUCGUCAAGAUGACGCCGCAGGAGCUGCUCCGUCACUUCCACAGUGAUAUGGACAAGAAGGACCCGAAGAAACUGGAUGCGGAAAAGAAGCGCAUAGAGCGUGCGCGAAAGAGUUUUCGAUAUCUGUUCCUGACGCUCCAAAAGGACAAGCGACGGUAUAAACUUUACACGUUGCGGAGUCAUCUGAAGGCGUCUAUCAAGGCUUUCGUGGAAGACUUCAAGGAAGCACCACUGGAUGGGGCAACGGCGAACAGACUCGCGGAUCCAUACCGCAGCCGCAAGGAGGGCGGCGUAGAACCCAUGGUUCCGGACUACGCUAUCCGCGACGAGCCCCUCAGUAACGACGACGUAGCGCAGCAAGUCAUCGCUGACGAAGCAAAAGUGGUCGAGCGCGGCGCAGAAAACGAAGGCACGGGAAGCAGAGACCCCAACCAAGAGGCCGCAGAUAGUAUUACAGCCACCACUCCGCCCCUCGUCCGCAUCACCAAAACCGCAAACCCUCCCCCGUCCACCCAACCCACCACCGUCAUCAAAAGCUCAUCGCCGUCGAUUACACGGCGAAAAGGCCUCGCUAUUCUGUAA